AUAAAACAUUCAGUGUCAUCUGUGUGACAACUUCCUGUCAGGAGUGUAAAUAUAUUCACAGCCUCAUCAUGAGAUCUGGAUUCAUUUCAUCUGUGUGUAGGACGGUUCUAUCAGCAGCAGUAUGCCGGUUCUGGACCUGAUUGAUUCCAUCCAGCCUGGAUCCAUCAGAUACGACCUGGUGAAGUCAGACGACCUGACGGAUGACGAGAAAUUCAACAACGCAAAGUACGCCAUCUCCAUGGCGAGGAAGAUCGGCGCCCGGGUUUACGCUCUGCCAGAGGACCUGGUGGAGGUCAAACCAAAGAUGGUAAUGACGGUGUUCGCCUGCCUCAUGGCACGUGGCAUGAAGAGAGCGUGAAGAGACGCCGUCCGUCCCCUGGAGGAAGCAUGAAACAUGGGGGGGUGUGGUCCUGAUCUAAUAAUCUUCAAGACAGAUUCUACUGAUACAGAUCAUCUACAGGUGGAAUCAUCUGGUUCAGUUAAACUCACAGAACAUCGGACACACUUCUCUUUUUAAAAUGUUUUCUUCUGUGGUUCAUGUGGAUCAGAAACUUUAUACACAACAAAUAAACUCGAUCUAACAUGAA